AUGGCUAGGGUUCAUAGUCUAAAGUAUUCUCUAUCUUUUACAUUUUCUGUUUCACUUAAUAUUUUGUUAGUUGGCAUGUACAUGUGCAACAGAUGGAAGCAAAAUUGGACGCUAGAAGCUAUGGCAGAAGCUGAAGCUGUGUCAUCUAUCUCAUGUUCUGGCCAUGGAAAGGCUUUUUUGGAUGGUUUAGUUCUUCAUGGCAAGCCAGUUUGUGAAUGCAACAUGUGUUAUGGAGGAAGUGACUGCUCAAAACUUCUACCUGAUUGCAUGGUUGAUGCAGAUAGUGGAGAUCCCACUUUUUUGGAACCCUUUUGGAUGAAAAAUGCAGCUAGCAGUGCAGUGGUGGUUGCAGGAUGGCAUCGUAUGAGCUAUGAAUACAGUGAUGGCUCUCUCAUCUCAGAAGAGUUGAAGGCACACAUUCAAAAGGUCCAUGCAAGUGUUGGAAAUGCCGUAACAGAUGGAAAAUACAUAAUAUUUGGAGCAGGUGCCACCCAUCUUCUUAAUGCUGCAGUGCAUGCACUUUCUUCAAAUAAUGCUUCAUCUUCACCUACAAAAGUGGUAGCUUCAAUCCCAUAUUACCCAGUUUAUAAAGAGCAAACUGAAUUUUUCAAUUCUGAAGAUUAUAAAUUCAAUGAAGAGGCAUCUAUGUGGAAGAAUGAUAGUUCAAAUUCAACCUUCAUUGAGUUGGUGACUUCCCCAAACAAUCCAGAUGGGGAUAUGAAGAAAGCUGUUCUUCAAGGUCAAUUUGUGAAGAGAAUUCAUGACCUUGCCUACUACUGGCCUCACUUCACACCUAUCACAGCACCUGCAGAUGAAGAUUUGAUGAUAUUUACACUUUCUAAGCUAACUGGUCAUGCUGGAAGCCGAUUUGGGUGGGCAAUAAUAAAGGAUGAAGCUGUUUACAAGCGAAUGUUAACAUACAUGGACUUGAGUACCUAUGGUGUUUCUAGAGAGACUCAACUAAGAGUGUUGAAGCUUUUGAAGGUAGCCCUAUCUGGAAAUGGAAGGGCAAUGUAUGAAUUCGGAUACAGCACAAUGAAAAACAGAUGGACUAAGUUGAGCAAAGUCUUGUCUCAAUCAAAAAGAUUUUCUACUCAAAAUUUAAAGCCUCAAUAUUGUUCAUUUUCCCAGCAAUUCAGAACACCUUCUCCAGCUUUUGCAUGGUUGAAGUGUGAAACAUCAGUUUUACAAGAUCGUUCUUGUUAUGAAAUUUUGAAAGAAGUAAACAUUACUGGGAGAGAAGGUAGUUUAUUUGGUGCUGAUAAGCACUAUGUGCGUCUUAGCUUGGUUAGGAGCGAAGAUGACUUCGAUUUAUUGCUAAGGCAAAUCAAAAAGCUAGUUUCUGUGGAAAGUAAUGAUAAAGGUGUGGCCAAAGUUUCAACUGGUUUAGGGCAAAACAACGAGUCUACACUGAUGUUGCAUGCUGACUGUUGUGGGAACAGAUCAUUCGAUUUCAGAAUGGAAAUAGAGGCUUUGAACUAUAAUGGAUUUACUCUACCAAACGUUGGCUCCUCACGUCCACCACCCCCUUGUACGACGCCCACACCUUCUGUCGGGCCCACUCCUUCAAUUGUAGGGCCCACACCUCCUACUAUAGUGCCUACUCCUUUAGUUGUAGGGCCCACACCUCCUACUGUAGUGCCCACACCUUCAGUUGGACCCACUCCUUCAAUUGUAGGGCCCACACCUCCUACUGUAGUGUCCACUCCUUCUGUUGUAGGGCCCACUCCUUCAAUUGUAGGACCCACUCCUACUGUAGUGUCAUCUUCUAUAUCAUCUCCAGAUGUACACCAGCCAUCUGUUGAUCCUGCUGAUCCUAUUGAUUUGGGUGAUCCUGCUCCUCAUGAUCGACCAUUCAUUGAGCCAUGUGGAAAAGGGUUUCUUCCUUCUAGAGUUGCUUCACAGGCCAUCACUAGGUCUAUUAAGCAACAAUUUCUUCAGCCCUGGGCAUCAUGGGGAGUAAUCUCAAACGACGACAAAAAACUGUUUUGGGAGAGAUUUAAGCAAAAGGUGCAGUGGGCAACUGAGCAUGAAGCUCAAAUUAAGAAAAACUUUAACAUGAAAGCAUCUCACCGAUUGUCAGAAAUGUUUAGAGAUGCAAGGAUCGCAGGACAACGCCCUUAUUGGGUAGGGGAGCACAUAUGGAAUUCAUUGCUGGCAUAUUGGAAUUCGCCAGCAGCGGAGCUUGGACGGGCUGUUCAUGUUGAUGAGGUGUUUACACAGAUUCAUAUUCACAAGGGGACUGGCGAAUAUGUUGAUGAGAGGUCUCGCAAGACCAUUGUAAGAAGAUUUUUCUGCGAGAUUAACACAGGCGAGAUCAGAGGGGGGGGAUCUCCACCUGAUGCUAACUCUAGAGUAGAUGCUGACGAUGAAAUGAUCAGGACCCAAUGUUGGGUUGAGGUCGUCAGGGGGAAGAAGAAAGGACGACUGUAUGGGAUAGGACAACUUGCCUCCCAUUACAGUGCUGGAAGAGGAGGCAUAUUCAAACAUCAACCAUCUACCUCUGGCACAUUUGACCACAACAAUGUCGUUAGUAAAAAGGCUUAUGAUUCACUUCUAGCCAGAUUUGACCAUCUUGAAAAUAUGGUCAGGACAUUGAUACCUCAGCAAAGAAAGUCCGCCCCAUCAUCAUCCCAACAGCCAUGCCCACCUUAG